AUGUCCACCGAUUCUAUUGUCAAAGCCUCUAACUGGAGAUUGGUCGAAGUUGGCCGUGUCGUUUUGAUCCAAUCUACUGGUAAGUUGGCUGCCAUUGUUGAAAUUAUCGACCAAAGAAAGGUUCUAGUUGAUGGUCCAGAAUCCGGCGUUCCACGUCAAUCUGUCAACUUGAGUCAGAUCGUUCUAACUCCAUUGACUUUCUCUUUGACCAGAGGUGCCAGAACUUCCACCGUUUCUAAGAAAUGGACCGCUGCUGGUGUCAGUGACAAAUGGGCUGCCUCUUCUUGGGCCAAGAAGAUUGCUCAACGUCAAAGAAGAGCUACAUUGACCGACUUUGAAAGAUUCCAAGUUAUGGUUUUGAGAAAGCAAAAGAGAUACGCUGUCAAGAAGACUUUGGCCAAGGCUUAA